AGAUACAGUUGCUGAUGAAUUAGAAGCGGCGGCCUUAGGGUAGCAACAAAGUGCUAUUCAAUAACGAGUGGACUGGGGCAUGGUGUGAAACAUAAAGCUUCUGUCUACAAGUCAACCCCAGAAGGCACACUUCGUUCCUUGUCCUCGUGAUUUGCUUUCAAGGAAAAAGAAGUCAAGAUGUUUAGCACCAAAAGACUGAAGAAAAAGUCCCAGUCAGUGGAUAUGAGUGCACAAGGAUAUUCUAGUCCCCUGGUGGUAGAUGCAAAUUCAUCACAACUCACCAAGUCCCCACCUGUCACCAAGACAACCACUUCAGAGAAAGAAGAAAACAACGCAACCAAUUCCCAAAGACGCAGCCCUCGUCGCAUCGACUUGAAAAGAUAUUACACUAUAGAUACUGGCCAGAAGAAGACUCCAGAGAAGAAAGAUGGGCGUCGGAUGUCUUUCCAGAAACCUAAAGGGACCAUUGAAUAUUCUGUGGAAUCCAGGGACUCCUUGAACAACAUUGCGCUGAAGUUUGACACCACACCCAAUGAGCUAGUCCAACUGAACAAACUUUUCUCCAGGGCAGUUGUUGCUGGUCAGAUUCUUUAUGUUCCUGAUCCAGAAUACUUUUCCAGUGUUGAGAGUUCACCAUCUCUGAGUCCCAUCAGCCCUUUGUCACCAACUUCUUCUGAAGCUGAAUUAGAAAAAGUUACGGAUUCUGAUGGCGUCCCUCGAAAGGAAGCCACGUCUUUUCCGGCACACGUCUGCACCCGUCCUGCUAGAGUGGUGUCAUCCACCUCCGAGGAGGAGGAGGCACUUACAGAGAAGUUCCUGAAAAUCAACUGUAAAUACAUCACAGAUGGCAAGGGGGCAGUCAGUGGGGUGCUUCUGGUGACUCCCAACAACAUCAUGUUUGAUCCACAUAAGACUGAUCCCCUGGUCCAGGAACACGGCUGUGAGGAGUAUGGCAUCAUGUGUCCCAUUGAGGAAGUCAUGACAGCUACCAUGUACAAGGACAUAGUGGACAGCAAAAUCAAAGAAUCAUUGCCUCCAGAUUUAGAAUAUUUAAUUUCUGGAAGAGACCCAUGUCAUGUAAAAAGAAUAGCACGGAGCAACACUGAUGAAAUGGAGCUAAAGCUUCAGGAGAAAGCCAAUGACAGCACCAGUACUGCACCGAGAAGCACAGAGGAGUCUUUGUCUGAAGAUGUCUUUACAGAGUCGGAACUCUCGCCUAUUCGAGAGGAGCUUGUUUCUUCUGACGAGCUCCGGCAAGACAAAUCAUCUGGAGCCUCUUCAGAAUCCAUACAAACCAUAAACCAGAUGGACGCAGAAUGCUGCCUCGCAUAUGAGGCAGGAGAUUCUACAAAAUCAACUGCUGAAGAAGUAUCUGCCAAUGACAGUGGUUUUCUGAGUCACACAACAGAAGUGGAAAAAACAGAACUGGAAUUGAAACAGGAGGAAAACCUGUCCCAGAGCCAAACUGUAGACCGAUCUCCAGCAGGAUCAAAAAGGCACGGUAUGGGGCAUGAAACAGGCACAUCGACUAGCAAAGAGCAAGAUUCCGCCUGUGAGGAGGAUGCAGCAACACAAUGCAAAGUGUCAGACUCUCAGUGUUCUAAGAACAAAGAGGAGGCAGAAAAGGGCAAGUUUAUCAGCGAGCGCACGCGGGAUACUGAGACUGAGGUGGAGGAGCUCAGAAAACUCUGGAAGAGUCACACUAUGCAACAAACCAAGGAGCAAAGGGAUAAUGUACAGCAGACUCACAUAGAAGUCAAGCAUAGGCCAGGGGAAGCCGUAGAAGCACAAGGACCAGGAGAAGGGACUGCUGUCUACAAAGAGAAGAGGAGACACAGAUCCCACAAGUUCUUAUGUCUUCGAGUUGGGAAGCCUAUGAGGAAGACUUUUGUAUCUCAGGCAAGUGCAUCCAUGCAGCAGUAUGCACAGCGGGACAGAAAGCAUGAAUACUGGUUUGCUGUUCCACAGGAGAGGACGGACCAUUUGUAUGUGUUUUUCAUACAGUGGAGUCCAGACAUGUACGGUGAAGGAGCUGGAGUUUUGGGAAGAGAGCCAGGUUUCAUGGUUGUAAAAAGGAAUGAGGAAUCAGAAACCAGUGAGGAACCAGCAAGUGAAGUUACAGCAAAGGACUGGGAGGUAGUGUCAGUGGCUGAGUAUCACCGCAGGAUCGAUGCUCUAAAUACUGAAGAACUCCGCUCACUCUGCAAACGUCUCAAGAUAACAACAAACAACGAUGUGAAUUCAAAACAAGGUCCAGCCAUCAAGACUGAUUUAGAACCAGACACUUUCAAACCAAAUCUAAGUGAACCAAGUGAACUGCUUCAGCCCAGGCAGAUUGAGAAACUUGUGAAGCAUCUUCCUCCGAGAACAAUUGGUUAUCCAUGGACACUUGCAUUUAGCACAGCAAGAAAUGGCAUGAGCAUAAAGACGCUAUAUCGUACAAUGCAGGGUCAAGACACACCAGUGUUGAUGGUCAUAAAAGACAGUGAUGGACAGGUCUUUGGUGCACUAGCAUCUGAGCCAUUCAAAGUCAGCGAUUGUUUUUAUGGAACUGGGGAAACAUUUCUUUUCACGUUUUGUCCCGAAUUUGAGGCAACGGCUUUCUCUGGAGUGGAAUACAGUGAAGAUGUUGCCCGCGGACAGAAACGCUGGUCUAAGUUAAGACCCCCCAGAAAAUUGUUUUGUGAAACGGACUUAAGACUUGGUCAUAACAAAGUCUUCAAAUGGACAGGAGAUAACAUGUUCUUUAUUAAAGGAGAUAUGGACUCUUUAGCUUUUGGUGGAGGAGGGGGAGAGUUUGGGUUGUGGCUGGAUGGAGAUCUCUAUCAUGGAAGAAGUCAUUCAUGCAAAACAUUUGGAAACCAUACACUCUCAAAGAAGGAAGAUUUCUAUGUGCAAGAUAUUGAAAUCUGGUCUUUUGAAUGAAACAGCCCACAGAUUGCCAUAAUGAAACAAAUCAUUCCUGAAGUAGCUGUGUCCCAGACCUGACUACAUCAUUAAAAAGCUUGCUUUAAAGUACAUUUGUUAUCUUUUUUUCUGUGAACAACUCAUUCAGUACAGAACUAUUUUAUUUUAGGCACUUUGGUGUGUAACUGUCAAAAAAGCAAAUAAUUACAUUUUGAAUGUCUUAUAACCUAUGUUUCGUUUCUGUUGACCUUAUUUGUUAAGAUUUAGAAGAGAUUUCCAGUUGGCCACUUUUACAAGUGCUGAUGAAGGUAGUACAGGUUUGAGACAGAAAAAAAUAAGUCCUAGACCUGUGUACUGAAGAAAGAACAUUAAUGAGCUGAAUUCAAUUUUAGAUGAUAGCCAUCUGAGAAGCUUGCAAGAGAAGAAUAUACAGUUCUUCCCGGAUAAGAUAACACUUUUUUGAUUUGAGGGCUAAAUGAAGAUCUAAGAAUGCACUCAUUUUACAAAUAGGAAAGGACUGGAAAGCUUGAUAUCAUCAUAAUAGGGUUCAUCAGCAUAUGACAAUAAAGAGCAGGAUCUGUUACUGUUAGAAAACCAUCAUUUAGAAGAAACUAAGCAAACUUUCCAUACCAACAAUUCUUCCUUGAAUGAAGUAACUACAGUACUGUAUUAUAGUUCUUCUGCCAUUCAGCAGCGUAGCACAUAGCAAAUAUCCUAAUACCAAUAGUUGUAAUGUUCUGUCAAGUGGGUGUAUGUGUCAGUUCAGCUAGCACUAGCCUUACAGAAAAUGUGUGUAUAAGUAGACAGCAAUGUGUUACAAUAGAUUUGUGGAAUAUGCAAAUUGCUGUCAUGUGACCUCCAAAAAAAUAAAAAAUAAAUUCCAGGUUAAU